GUUACAGGUUGGGUUUUAAAAUGAAAACGGUUUGUUUAACUUGAAAUAAAUAUACGAGUAUGUGUAGUCAGCAAACAUCGUGAAUUGUAUUGUAACGUUAUGAUAACACAGAUUUAUAGUGUUCCGCUACUAUUAGUUUUCCUCCAGCCUGUUCAUCUUCGCAGGCCAAUGCAAAGGUCAACCACACAAGAGCCUUCGCUCCCGGUAGAGUUACGUGAUGGAGAUCUAGCAGCUUGGAAGAUACCCAACCAGAUUUUCUGUGAUGAAAUGGAGAGGAAUCUUGACAGAACGUUUCUGAUACUUCCGUGGUGGCAUCACUACUGUCAGGACUUUAAGGAAAAGAAAGCUAAACAACAUCCGUGGACUGAUAACUAUUUGCCGAUCCACAGAACUGUGUUAGACAAGUUACACCGGUUCAGACGGAGUCGUCCGAAACUCGGGAACGUUCACUCGAAGAGUUUGAUGGGAAAUAUUUAAAGAACAAUUAUUGCUGAGGA